UAAAUUACCCACAAUUCCCGUUGCCAGGGCGGCCAUCUUGGAUGCUUUCGGCGCUCGCAACUUAAAAAGUUUGUUAGGAUUUUUCUUGAUUUUAUUCGCUGUUUGAGAGAUUAGCGAUGUCAGACGAGGAAACAGAGAAACAAGAGAAUACAUACGUCAUUCGGCCGAAUUUUCAGCACAAGUUCCGACCUGCAGCAGUAAAAGAAUGUAUCCACAUCGUGCUGAAUGAGGCCCUGACAGGGAAGGAGUACGAUGGGGAGGAAACGGCAGAACUCUGUAAACAUCUGUCCAACGAGAUCAAGAAAAAACUUAAAGAGCUGUCGUAUGACAGGUACAAGUUUGUGGUGCAGGUGGUCAUCGGAGAACAGAAGGGGGAAGGAGUCAAGAUGGCCUGCAGAAGUUUUUGGGACGCCGACACAGACAACUACGCUCAGGACAUCUUCAUGAAUGACUCGUUGUUUUGUGUAGCAGCAGCCUUCGGAGUUUUCUACUACUGACCUAACGGCACCUUCCCAUCAUGCACCAGCAGCCUUCCCAUCAUGCACCAGCAGCCUUCC